AUGUUCCAACGAGUUCCGGAUCAGCGGUCUUCGGCGGUUGCUGUGCCUCAGACUGUUCGGGAAACUGUCACCACUUUUCGAUGUCUCACACAGGAUGUUGCAGAAGCCAUUGAACAGCCGUGCAAUCUGUACAGAUGCUACCCCGUCAUCAGUGCCUCGUCGCCCACUGCCAAACUGCCGCCUUUGGUAUCGGAAGACAAGUGCCUAGGAUUGUCAUCGCCUAAUUGUUAA